GGGGCCGAAGGGAAAUCUAACCCACGAUUCGGUUCGCCACGGCCACCCACCAGCUAAAUAAAGAACAUUUCUUCCUUCUCCGUGCUAUCUUCUACCUUCUCAUUAUUACUCCAAAGGAUAAAUACACCAUUGAGUAAAACAGUCCCCUCUGUUUUUAGUGCUCUAAUUAAUGAUUACUCUGUAUAAUCUUUUGCGCUCUGAAUAAUAAUUCAUACGGACGAACUACUACGUUUCUGUAUAUUUGACAAACAUAUAUACUCGUAAAUACACCAUUGAGUAAUACGGACGAACUACUACGAACUAGUCCUGGACGAUCAAUUUGGAUCUUGCCCAAUCAGUUAACCAGGAGUGUUGAAUAAAAUGCAGACGAUUUUGCGGUCAGUAAGACAAUUUAGGAAUGCUGGUUUUGUGGCACAUCGAAAUCUUUGGAUUGAUUCUAGGAGCCAGUCACUAUACAAACUUUCUAGUACAAGUAAUGCUGAUAUUAGUAUCUGGAAACAUCCAUCUUCUGUGAUACCCAGAUUUAUGAAAACUAAUGCUGAUGGAGUUGCAAAUAGUAGAGAAGGGAACAGAGCAGGGCCUCUUGUAGAAUAUGAAAGAAGAAUUGCCAUUGGUGACCUUUUUGAUGGGGAUGCUUGCCAGGUGGGCACCCUGCAAGAACUUCAGAGGCUUUAUGAUGAGCUAAUUGAGAAAGCUGUUGAAUGCCGAUUGGACCGCUAUGCUGCUUCGGACAAAGCUGGAAGGAGUAGAUGGUUGUGGUCUCGUUUUAUUCCACAGUCCAGUUAUGCAGCCGUGAAAGGGUUGUACCUUUAUGGAGGAGUUGGAACGGGCAAGACUAUGUUAAUGGACUUGUUCUUUGGUCAGCUGCCUUGUAAAUGGAGAAAGAAGAGAAUUCAUUUUCAUGACUUUAUGUUGAAUGUCCACAGUCAACUGCAAAAGCAUAAAGGUGUGCCAGAUCCACUUGAAGUUGUUGCUGGGGAGAUUUGUGAUGAAGCAAUCCUAAUAUGUCUUGAUGAAUUCAUGGUGACUGAUGUUGCUGAUGCAUUGAUUCUGAACCGUUUAUUUGGACAUUUGUUUAGUAAUGGAGCUAUUCUCGUAUCUACGUCAAACCGUGCCCCAGAUAAUCUUUAUGAAGGUGGACUACAAAGAGAUCUAUUCAUGCCUUUUAUUGCUACUUUGAAGGAAAGAUGUGUAGCACAUGAAAUUGGCUCAUCCGUGGAUUAUCGAAAGUUGACAUCGGGAGAAGAAGGUUUUUACUUCAUUGGCAUGGACUUGUCAAGUCUUCUCAUGCAAAAAUUUCAAACACUGGUAGGUCAGCAUGAUGCCGUUCCACAAGAGGUGGAGGUUGUUAUGGGAAGAAAAUUACAGGUACCUUUAGGUGCCAAUGGUUGUGCAUAUUUCCCUUUCGAUGAACUAUGUGAUAGGCCUCUUGGAGCAGCAGACUAUCUUGGAUUAUGCAAAAAGUUUCAUACGGUGGCAUUGGAUGGAGUUCCCACAUUUGGACUUCAUAAUAGGACUGCAGCAUAUCGUUUCGUUACCUUGGUUGAUGUGAUGUAUGAAAAUAAAGCAAGAAUGAUAUGCACAGCAGAGGGCUCCCCGUUAGAGCUUUUUGAAAGAAUUGUGACCAUCGCCGAUGCCAAACAGAUUGCUCCGAGGUCUUCACGGUCGAUCAAGAAAGACGAUAUUGACCUUUGCGUUGAUAACGAACUUGGUUUUGCAAAAGAUCGUACAAUUAGUAGAUUGACGGAGAUGAACAGCAGAGAAUAUUUAGACCAUCAUGCCCAAAUGUUGGGUGAGUGCAGAGAUAACCGCUCUGGAAGUGCAUCGUCAAGAGGCAUAUAAUAGCUAGAAUAGGAAAGAGUCAACAAAUUCUUGUAAAGGUGGGGAAGAGCCAAUGUUGUGUGUAAGAUACAAAAUAAAGUCACAGGUUUGGAGAGCAAUAAUUAUAAUGCUAGUAGUUCUGUAUAAUCUUUUUUUGAGGUAGUUUAGAGAACAAAUAAAAUGUUUGUCUGAGUAUGCAAUUGUAUACUUGUGCUUACUUUUAAUAUGUAAUCAUAUCGUUCAUCUCACCUUUUUCCAAAUACAACUAUUG